AUGGCGGUCCUGUCCCGGUCCACUAGUCACAGGGCCAGGGUGGUCACACGGCCUGGCCUAAAUGGACUGACCAGGCUGGCCAGGGAUAGAGACAGGGACAGGGAUAGAGAAAGGGACAGGGAUAGAGACAGGGACAGCGAUAGAGACAGGGACAGGGAUAGAGACAGGGACAGGGACAGGGAUAGAGACAGUAACAUGGAUAGAGACAAAGACAGGGACAGGGAUAGAGACAGGGAUAGAGACAGGGACAGGAAUAGAGACAGAGACAGGGAUAGAGACAGAGACAGGGAUAGAGACCGAGACAGGGAUAGAGACAGGGACAGGGAUAGAGACAGGGAUAGAGACAGAGACAGGGACAGGGAUAGAGACUGGGACAGGGAUAUAGACAGGGACAGGGAUAGAGAAAGAGAUAGAGACAGAGACAGGGACAGGGAUAGGGAUAGAGACAGGGACAGGGAUAGAGACAGGGACAGGGAUAGAGACAGAGACAGGGAUAGAGACAGGGACAGGGAUAGAGACCGAGACAGGGAUAGAGACCGAGACAGGGAUAGAGACAGGGACAGGGAUAGAGACAGGGAUAGAGACAGGGAUAGAGACAAGGAGAGGGAUAGAGACAGGGAUAGAGACAGAUACAGGGACAGGGACAGGGAUAGAGGCAGGGAUGGAGAUAGAGACAGGGACAGGGAUAGAGACAGGGACAGGGACAGCAAUAGAGACAGGGACAGGGACAGGGAUAGAAACAGGGACAGGGAUAGAGACAGGGACAGGGAUAGGGAUAGAGACAGGGACAGGGAUAGAGACAGGGACAGGGAUAGAGACAGGGACAGGGAUAGAGACAGGGACAGGGAUAGAUACAGGGACAGGGACAGGGAUAGAGACAGGGACAGGGAUAGAGACAGGGACAGGGAUAGAGACAGGGACAGGGAUAGAGACAGGGACAGGGAUAGAGACAGGGACAGGGAUAGAGACAGGGACAGGGACAGCAAUAGAGACAGGGACAAGGAUAGCUACAGAGACAGCGAUAGAGACAGGAAUAGAGACGAGGACAGUGUGCCCUCAUCUUGGAGCCUGGGGCUGUAUAUCUCUGUCAAUGUCAGGACAGCCUGUCCUCCAGGUCACAAUGUCAGGAUAGCCUGUCCUCCAGGUCACAGUGUCAGGAUAGCCUGUCCUCCAGGUCACAACAUCAGGAUAGCCUGUCCUCCAGUUCCUGUUGGACAUCCCCCCCAGCGCUCCAGGAAGAGAGCGCUAGCGUCCCGCCGAGAGGAGCAUUGUUAUUCGCCCUCUGCCUGGCCGGCCUGUUCCAUGGCCACACACACCGUCUGCAUUGCCCCCGGCAACGCACAGCAGAAGCCCUAA